AUGCUGUGCCCAGUUGGGGUCACGUUCCCAGUGUUUCCCACUUCCAUGACUGAACACAUCAACUCCAAUCUGCUCAUCCCCAGUGCACUCUUAAACGAGAUCCGUUCAGGCUCCAGCGUCGGCGCGGGUCAACAAUACUCGGUCGAGUACUUGUCUCAGUUGCUCAAGGAUAAAAAACAAUUAUCUGCCUUUCCAAAUGUCUUCCAUCACUUGGAACGACUCGCUGAUGAAGAAAUCAGCAAGGUUCGAGUGGCUCUAUUCCAGUUUGAGUUCACGAAGGAAGAGAUGAGUCUUCCGGAACCAGAAGGAGAAGUUCAAAUCACCACCGAGAAGGUUUUCGUUCCCGCCAAAGAACAUCCCGAUGUAAGUCACAACAAAUCAUGUAUCUUUCCAUUUGAUGCACUUAUCCUUUUCUCGAUACAGUACAAUUUUGUGGGACGAAUUUUGGGACCAAGAGGAAUGACUGCAAAGCAGUUAGAACAAGAGACAGGAUGUAAAAUUAUGGUUCGAGGGCGAGGAUCUAUGCGUGACAAGAAGAAGGCAAGAGAACAAUUUCCUUCUUGA